AUGUUACGGCGUGUCCUACGCCCGGCACGGCGGCUGCCGCUCUGGUUCGUGGUGCCCGUCUUCCUGGCCCUCUUCAUCGAGGUCUGCCAUCAUGUAUACCAGUAUCACGUUCCGCGGCCGGACCACGACCUCGAUCCUCCCUUCUACAAAUCGUGUCAGGAGCCCAAGGUGGGCGCGCCUCGCGAGAAUGCUGCCCUGGUCAUGCUGGCGCGCAACUCGGAGCUCACCCAGGCCAAGCGCACCAUUACGAGCAUCGACAAUGCCUUCAACAAGUGGUUCAACUACCCAAUCGUGUUCAUGAACGACGAGCCCUGGGACCAAAAGUUCAUUACUGAACUGAACAAGACGGCGCGCGGUCUAGCUACAUUCGAGGUUAUACCCCAGGACAUUUGGUCAUUCCCGAGCUUCAUCGACGAGGAGGCCGCGCGCGCGAGCAUCAAGGAGCAAGGCGAGCAGGGCCUGCCGCACGCUGGCAGCGAAGGAUAUCACCACAUGUGCCGGUUCUACUCGGGCAAGUUCUACAAGUUGGAAGCUCUGAAAAAAUACAAGUGGUAUUGGCGUCUGGAGCCCGACGUCGACUUUACCUGCGCCAUCACCUACGACCCGUUCGUGGAAAUGGCCAAGAACGACAAGGUCUACGGCUUCACCAUCUCGCUGUGGGAGGUGGGCUCGACGUGCCCGUCCCUGUUCCGCGAGGUCGCGGACUGGAAGGAGAUGCACGCCCUGCCCACCAACAACCUCUGGCGGGCCAUGGUGCAGGCGAGCUGGAUGCCCUACCCAUUCAGGAGAUUUAUGAACUUUCUAUCGCACAGAGAUCGACACGGCGACCCGUGGAGUUUGUGUCACUACUGGAGUAAUUUCGAGAUUGCGGAUAUGGAUAUCUUCCGCAGUCAGGAGUAUCAGGAUUUCUUCGAUCACCUCGAUAGAAAAGGUGGCUUCUACUUUGAGCGCUGGGGUGAUGCAGCAGUCCAUUCGCUCGCUGUGGCCAUGUUCGUGGACCCUCGAAGGGUUCACCACUUUGAAGAUUUUGGAUACCGACAUGACCUCCUAUACCAAUGCCCAGCCAAUGCGCCAGGUGGUCAGCUCCCAGAGUCUACACUUCUAGGCAAGGAGAUGACGUGGGCCCCCGAGAUUGAGGGCGGCAUCGGCUGUCGCUGUCAGUGCGACGGACGCAAGACCCGAAACCAUCCGGGUUAUUGCUUGAAUAAGCUCAAGCAACCUGAUGGCUUGAAACGACCAUUCUGGACAUGGUUCCUAUAA